GAAAGAAAAUCCAGUCCACGUUUUAUGCGUUAAAGAUAUCAACGGUCGAUCACUGAGCUCCGUGGCACCGUUCAAUACGGAGUCAGGUUCGCUGUUCGAUUAACUCCAUUCCGCACCGCUGGUCGAUAAGCGAAGGCCGCGUUCGAUUAGUCCGUUCCGGGUUUUACGCGCUCCCCGCUCUUUUUUUUCCCCCUCUCGCGAACUCCGGCCCCUCGCGCUCUCUCUAUCAGCCUCUCACUCCGUCUCAAUAUGUCUCAAGAUGGCGGCCAAUGCGGGAUCGAUGUUUCAAUAUUGGAAGCGCUUUGAUUUACAGCAACUGCAGAGAGAACUAGACACCACUGCCACACUACUGGCCAACAGACAAGAUGAGAGCGAACAAUCCAGGAAAAAGCUCAUCGACCAGAGCCGCGAAUUUAAGAAAAACACACCAGAGGAUCUGCGCAAGCAGGUAGCUCCGCUGCUGAAGAGUUUUCAGGCCGAGAUUGAUGCACUGAGUAAAAGAAGUAAAGAAGCAGAGGCUGCCUUCUUGAACGUCUAUAAGAAACUGAUCGAUGUCCCAGAUCCCGUCCCCGUGUUGGAGCUCGGCCAGCAGCUGCAGCUGAAGGUACAGCGCCUGCACGACAUCGAGACCGAGAACCAGAAACUGCGCGAGACGCUGGAGGACUACAACAAAGAGUUCGCCGAGGUCAAGAACCAGGAGGUCACCAUCAAAGCACUUAAAGAGAAGAUCCGGGAAUACGAACAGACCCUGAAGAACCAGGCGAAGAACCUGGCACAGGAGAAAGAGCAGCAGCUCCACGACGACUAUGCAGAGAAAGAGAGGAAGUUACAAGAGACACAGGAAUCAAUGGCCUCCAGGUUGGAUGAGGCAGAACACAAAACCCAGACUCUACAGACAGCCCUUGAAACCACUCAGGCGGAGCUGUUCGACCUGAAGACCAAGUACGACGAGGAGUCCACGGCAAAGGCCGACGAGAUCGAGAUGGUCAUGACCGAUCUGGAGCGAGCCAAUCAGAGAGCAGAGACGGCCGAGCGAGAGGCCGAGUCACUGAGGGAGCAGCUCACGUCAGCUAACAAAUCCCUACAACUGGCCACACAGAUCCAGAUAGCUCCAGAUAUGGAGCAAGCGGUGGAGGUGGUGUCAAGCUCCAGUCUGGAAGCCAAGCUGAACGCUAAGGAGCGGGAGAUGGUGCAGCUGGUGGAGGACGUGCAGAGACUGCAGGCCAGUCUGGCCAAACUGCGCGAGAACUCCUCCACCCAAAUCAGCCAGCUAGAGCAGCAGCUCAGUGCCAAGAGCACCACACUCAAGCAACUGGAGGAGAAGUUGCAGGAGCAGGCCGACUACGAGGAGGUGAAGAAAGAGCUGAGCAUCCUGAAGUCCAUGGAGUUUGGGCCGUCCGACAGCGCCACUGUGAAGGACUCGUCUAAGCCGCUGGAGUUGCUGCUGCUGGAAAAAAACCGCAGUCUUCAGUCUGAGAGCGCUUCGCUCCGCAUCGCCAACACCGAGCUGAGCGGGUCAGCCAGCCAGAAAGUGAAAGAAGAGACCGUGCCACACGUCCCCACCUCUACCAACUCAACCCCAACCCCUCCCGCCCCUUCUCCACUCCUGGGUCGCUCAGGAGUAGGCCCGAACUCUGCUGGCCCGCCCCCGGAGUCGCCUAAGGCUAGCAACGCUAAUGGAGGACAUGCUUUCUCGCCGGCUCUGGACCUCUAUGGUACCGCCUUUCCCCUGGCGGGUAAGGUGGCACUGGGCUCACUGCUGCAACGCCAGCUCAUGCACACCUUCUACUCCAAAGCACUGCAGGACUUUGGCCACACCCACUACACACCCCUGGCACUGGCACCCGCUCCCCCACGUCAGCCCUGUGCCAGUCCGGAUACCAAUGGCACAGCGCCGUCACCCAGCCGCUCGGAGGGCGCAGGCAGUGCUUCCGAGGGCGAGGAUAUGGACACGGCAGAGAUCGCACGCCAGGUCAAAGAGCAGCUGAUCAAGCACAAUAUUGGGCAGCGCGUUUUCGGGCACUACGUGCUGGGCCUUUCGCAGGGGUCCGUCAGUGAAAUCCUGGCACGCCCCAAACCCUGGAGCAAGCUCACCAUCCGCGGCAAGGAGCCCUUCCAUAAGAUGAAGCAGUUCCUCUCUGACGAGCAGAACAUCUUGGCACUGCGCAGCAUCCAGGGCAGGCAAAGAGAGAGCCCAGGCCAGGCCCUUAGCCACAUGUUUCAGGAAGGCCCGAAGCGGAGAGCCGGCUCGGAAGGCGCCCCGCGGACAGGUAACAUUACCACCCGGAUCCGCACACCCGAAAGCGGAUCUGACGAAGCCAUCAAGUCCAUCCUGGAGCAAGCCAAGCGUGAGCUGCAGGUCCAAAAAGCAGCCGACACGUCCCUGCCGCCAUCCUCAUCCAGUGGUGCGGGAGGAGGAUCAGAUGACGCCAUCCGCUCCAUUCUAGAGCAGGCACGGCGUGAGAUGGAAGCCCAGCAGGCCUCCUUGUCCUCCUCGUCUUCGUCGUCAUCCUCUUCUUCCAUUUCCUCCUCCCUUUCCCAGUGCGAUCUGUCAUUAUUAUCGCCCAGAGUGUUGGCGCCGUCACCGCUGGGUGCCCCCCUGACCACCUACAGCCCUCUAGCACUAGGCUUGAAGAAGCCUCCUCCUUUGCUUCCCUCUUCAUCCUCCUCACCUUCCUCACCAUCUCCGUCCCCUUUACUUGACUACAGCAGCAUUAAGAAGGAGCGUCCAGCAUCACCAGGCCAGGAUGGAGCCUCCAGGGUUCAGUGGAGGGAGCAGUGGUGGAACAACUCACAGCAAGAGCGUAGAGGAACUGGCUUGUCUGAUGAGAAUCACAGCAUAGAAGACUCAAAGGAGACGCCCCCCCGGCUGCUCGAUGCCCCUCAGUACUGGAGCGAGUGGCACCACGCCGGCUCCGCCUACCAGGAGCUCAGCGGCACCCGCGUGCCAAGGCCGGCCAGAGCGCCCGUGCCCCCUCUGGCGCCCGAGCAGUGCCAGCUGUUCUCAUGCCGCGAGCUGGACACGGUGGAGCUCACCCAGCUGGUCAAAGAGAAGCUAGCCAAGAGUGGCGUAUGCCAGCGCUUGUUUGGAGAGAAGGUACUAGGACUGUCUCAGGGGAGCGUAAGUGACAUGCUGUCUCGUCCCAAACCGUGGAGCAAGCUGACCCAGAAAGGUCGCGAACCUUUUAUACGAAUGCAGCUGUGGCUGAACGGCGAUUUGGGACAGAACUCCGUGAAUCAGCCAGGACAGACACAAGAGGGCACCCCGAAAACCUCAGGCAGCUGCAGUCCGGCGCCCGAGUCGCCGCUCAGCUCGGCCGAAGAGUCCGUGAAGAGCGGCGGAGAACCGCACGGCACCGCGCAGGCACCUAUAACCGAGCCGUCCCCAUCCGGAGAGCCGGCGGAGGGCAUGCAGUCUGGUACCCCGCUGCCGCUGCCUCUGACCAACCUCACGCCCUCCGGUCUCAGCAUACAAGAAAUGGUGGCCAUGUCGCCGGAGCUCGAUACCUACGCCAUCACUAAAAAGGUCAAGGAGGUGCUCACUGACAAUAACCUCGGUCAGCGUUUGUUCGGCGAGACCAUCCUGGGGCUGACUCAGGGCUCGGUGUCUGACCUGCUGGCUCGGCCCAAACCCUGGCACAAGCUGAGCCUCAAGGGCCGUGAGCCGUUCGUACGCAUGCAGCUGUGGCUCAGCGACCCGCGCAACGUCGACAAGCUCAUGGACAUGAAGCGCAUGGAGAAGAAAGCAUACAUGAAGCGACGCCACAGUUCGGUUAGCGAUACCCAGCCGGUGGAGACUGGCCUGAUGGGGGCAGACUUCGGCCCAGGCACCAGCCCCCAGCACCACCCUCAGCAGCAUCUGAAGAAGCCCCGGGUGGUUCUGGCUCCUGAGGAAAAGGAGGCACUGAAGAGGGCCUACCAGCAGAAGCCCUACCCCUCUCCCAAAACCAUUGAGGAACUGGCAACCCAGCUCAACCUCAAAACCAGCACCGUCAUCAACUGGUUCCACAACUACAGGUCUCGUAUUCGCCGAGAGCUCUUUAUCGAGGAGAUUCAGGCAGCAGGCUCAGGCUCGGCUUCAGCAGGUGAGGGCGGCUCACCUUCAGUCCAGGCAGGAAAAGGAAGUGAUGGUUGCGACGGCACGGAUUCAGAUGGCACAGCCGAAGGCAGACACGAUGCCCCCGGCGAAGAAAAGCCCACCUCCGGUCCCGAGGACAUGCCCAAGGAGCCCACUCCGUCUAACUCGCCGACCCCGAGACCCCCCACUACCUCAGCCACCGAAGGACCUGGCACCAGCGGGCACCAGGGCGGCACCUCGGCCCUCGGCCUGUUCGGCUUUUCGCGUAACCCCAAGGACAACAGCCUGCGUAAAAAGAAAGCCGCCAACCUCAAUAACAUUAUCCACCGGCUGGAGAAAGCCGCCAGCAAAGAGGAGCCGUCCGAAUGGGAGUUCUGAGUCCUCGCUAGCGUCCACACCCACACACCCACACACUCACCCUCCCCACUACCCCCAAUCAGACCUAGGAGGAGACACUUACCUCCCGAGGGCAUAGCCAAAGUCAAGUGCGGCCAUGAGACUUUUAUUUUAUGAAAAAGGAGAAAGAAGUGAAUAAGUGCAGUAGUGCGUGUAAGAAGAGGAAGCGGAUCGUUCCGGAUUCUUGUACCGAGAUGAAGCACUUAGCCGUCCGUCGGCCGGCCACGGCGCCCAAAUAAACCACCCCAAAACUCAGCAUUAAGCUGCCUCGCUCUCUCAUCUAGGGCUCUUUCCUUCAAAAGGCACACUUCAAGGAGAGGAUCAGCACACUCGCCUGAAAAGUGCACACAGACUCCGAGCUCUGAUUCUUCACACUGUUGAUUUGAGUUACUGUUACACUUAUUUUUUAUUUUUAUGUCUCUCUAUUUUUUUUUUUUUUUUUUUUUUUUUGUAAUCGACGUGUGUGUGUAAUAUUUUUAACCUACUCCAUAAUGUCUGGCUGAAAAACAAGAGGAUUGAGAACAAAAAAAAAAAGACAGUUACUGAAGGAAAGGUUUAGGAAGUUCAUCCUCACAUUUCCUGUCUCUCCCUCCACAAGCGCCAUCUAAUGGCUGAGGACCUCCUGCAUUUCUUCACCUUUUUUUUUCAACAGGAAGUCCUCUGAUGAAGAACAAGGUCUUUUUUACACACACACAUAUAUAUACAGGAUAUAUAUGUAUACACACACACACACACACACACACACACACACACACAUAUAUAGCAAUUUGGUUGCCACUAAGAGAUUGCACAGUCUAUUGACUCUAAAGGACAAAAAAGUGAUACAAAAAAAUACUCACUUUUUUGGAAGGGAGAAUUAACUUAAAGGGAAAAAAAACAAAAAAGUUUUAAAACUUUGGAUAGAAAAAAAAUCACAAUUUUUGUACAUCAAAAAAAGGUGCAAGGUUUAAAGAAGAAAAAAACAAACAAACAAACGGACAGACGCGAGAACACAUCGUGGUAGCUGACUGCCAGUUCGUCACGUAGAGCUCUAACGGCGCACAUAGCAUCUUUAUGCACGCUUCACGCCACGUUAUAACGUUUCAAGACACGUAAAAAGAUCAAACGAAGCAGAGAUUAUAACAUCUGGUCUAGACGCUUAAUAAGGCUCUGCUCGAUUAUAUAUAAAAAAAAAAACACAAACAAAAAAAAAACGUUGGCAUCUGUUGCAGGACGGAGGACUAGAGGACUGUGGGGUUGUAGUUCUGUACUCAUUAGACACGAGUGGUACUGUUAAGUCUUCGGGGUGGGUUUUAGUUUUUCCUCUGACGUCGCCACGAGAUGCACAGUUCACUUUAAAACCAAAAACAAACGAAACAAAAAAGAAAACGCACCCCACGAUUCGGCCGUGAUCCAGGCGUGUGUGUGUGUGUGUGUGCGCGCGCGUGUGUGUGUGUGUGUGUGAUUUCGAGGGAUUUAUUUUAAGGUGAACUCGACUCCUAAUUUCUUUUUUUUUUCCCCUCCUCCUCCUCCUUCCUCCUCCAUUAUCAAGUCUCUAAAAGGUACCUUGGUUAAAAAGAAGUACUGUUAGGUUUGUCAGCGUUGGAACCGAGCACACGCGCGAGCACCAAGUAACGUGAUACCAAAGUGUUGCUUCAUAUUUCUUAACCAGAUGCAUUUCUUCCUCGCUUAAAAUAUAGGAAUAUAUUAUAAUAAUAAUAAUAAUAAUAGUGAUCGUGCUCCAACCAAAUUUCUGUUAGGGAAAAACUCCUCAUUUGGUAUCUGUGAAGCAUACUGGCGUGUAUUUCUUUUUAUUUUAUUUUGGUUUUCCUCUCUCUCUCUCUCUCUCUCUCUCUCUCUCUCUCUCUCUCUCUCUCUCUCUCUCUUUUUUAAACUGGAGGUAGCCCAUAAUGACGAGGCGCCGUGUGUACAGACACCGCCGUCCUCUCGGACCCCGAACAUGCUCUCAGUGCCUGUUAUAAUCCACUGCCUCCCUUCUGUACGUCUGUGUGUACGUGUGUGUCAGCUUGUGUACGAGAUCAGGUUGUACAUAUUACACACACACACACACACUCAUGUAGAGUGCACAACUGCCCCACUUCCUCCCUCAUUAUCAUAAGCUGUCAUGUUAUAACCAAUCAUUAGCAUUAAUAGGCUUCUAAUGAAGUAGUGGAUUUAAUUUGUUUGUUUGUUUUGUUUGUUUGUUUUUUGUAAACGAUUUUAUCGCCAUAUCCUUAAGCGUCAUAUAGAGUUGCGAGUUUAUUCGGCUUAUUUAUAGGUGCUUUGUUUCUGUUUAUAUGAAUCUGUCCGUUUUUUUAUUGAGUUUCGGUUUAUAAGAGGGCGAGUCGUUUAUUUUUUAUUUUGUUUGUUUGUUUGUUGUGUUUAUUUUUCUGUCUGUCUUAUAAUUUUUAGACUGAUUUUAGACUGCCGGCAGUAUUGGGUAAUAUUUACAAGAUUUAGUUCUCGUUACGUUGUAUAUUAAUGAAUUCUGCAGAUUAUUUGAACUCGUUUAUGUUACUUUGGAAUUCUAACGAUGUCACUUAAAAAAAAAACGAUCACGGCGGCAUUUAAUGGCUGACUAAAAGCCGUUCACUUUUUAUCGUACGUUUGAUUUGUCGUUACUCUUUUACUCUUUCUCACGUAGUACGAAGCAUCGUGUCUCUUUCGUAUCCUCUGAUAAUAUUUGACGUGUCUGGGAAUCCUGUCUCUCUUUUUUUUUUAUUUUUUUUUUUUAUUAUUAUUACUUUAGUGAGCGUGUUUCGUACCUCUCAGGCCCUGUGUACACUGGCGUUUCUAUCUCUGCGCUUCAGAGAGUGUGGAUUUCCCUUAAAUGUUGUGUUCGGGACACUGCAGAUGAUCGCUGUGUGUGUGUGUGUGUGUGUGUGUGUGUGUGUGUGUGUGUGUGUGUGUGUGUGUGUGUGUGUGUGUGUGUGUGUGUGUGUGUUCGCGCGCGCGCUUGGAUCUUCGUACGCUGGUUGUUUUGGUUGACGGCGUGUUUUUUUUCCCACCCACACACUUCAUUCUGUUAAAUUUCUGCACUAUUACAGCAUUAAGGUUCGUCUACAUUGUAAUUGAGGUUUAAGGAGAACUUGGUGUUCGUGCUUUUUUUUUUUGUUUGUUUGUUUGUUUGUUUGUUUUUUUGGACUCACGUCGUCAUCAUCAGUACGAUCGCAGUUAAAGCGAAACUUUGCAGCGUUUCAGCGCGUUAAAAAAGAAAUUAUAAUUCGUAUAAAAAAAAAAGCUCAGGAUUUAUUUCUCAACAGUAAGGUUUUAUAUCCUCAGAUCUGUCCUCACUAUAGCACGGUUACAGCGAUGAAUGAAUUAAAGCUCCAGAGCAGGUUCUAUAGUGGGUUUUAUCACAUGGAGAGAUGUUAAGGAUGCCCUCUAGUGGUCAAUUACAUUAAUUUAGCGAUUUCUUUUUUUUAAUAUUAAACCCCGAUAAAUGAUUAUCCCGUCUUCUUUCAUGCAACAUAGACUGUUAACUGUAGGCUUCGGUUGCUAAGCAACGUAAUGGACGGAACUGUAAGUUUGUGACGGGUUUUAUCGGUUUACGUAUAAUAAGGUUAUCGUUCCGCACUCGGACGUGCGUAUAACCACAAACGUUCGCAUUCGGACAACGAAUAUAAAAUUAAAUCAAAGCCAGAUGGAAAUGUUGGAAAUGUAGAAUUUCUGCAUAUCAUUUCGAAACAUAACAUCGAGGUCACUGACUUUUUUUUUUUUUUUUUUGUAAUUGGCAGUAAAAUUAGCUAAAUAAAAAAAAUUAUGACAAAGUAAAAUGUGGAAUUUUAAAGGUUUAAUCAGGAUUAGUUUUAUUAUUAUUUUUAUUUUAUCUAAAAGAGUAGAAUUAAGAGCAGAAUUCACUCAGACAGCUCUAAUAUCCGAGCUAUUGAGCUCUUUAUUGAGCCCCCCGAGCCCCCCCCCCCCACCCCCACCCCCACCCCACCCCGAAUGCAGCGGCGUGAAUACUGAGCUCACAGCUAAGUCCUAGGGAUCGUUUGCACUUAUCCAUAUCAUUUCAUCUCACUUCUUUUCAGCCGGGUGACGUUUGGCCUUCGACCGCACUGCGUCCCGCUUUCAAAGCACAAAGACCGAGGUCAAAAGGAGAGAAACAGAAAAAAAAAAACGUCUGCGGAACCGAGGAAAGUUUCCGAGCCGUAACUGCCGUCGAGAUUAUCGCAAACUUCGCAAAAGCCCUUUACAGGUUCAAUGAAUCGUCUUGGCAAGCACUUAAAGCAGCACACUGCGAUUUGCGUUUUGCAAAAAUGAAUAAAUAAAACUCAAUCUUUUUCUGCACCCAGUGCAUCUUUAUUUGAAUCUCCUAUUCAUUUAAAGCUGGUAAUGCAAUUACCGUCAUAUCGGAACUAUAAAUCUAAAAGGUUUUAAACCCAAAUCCACACAAAUUUCUCAUCGCCUUUCGAGUUCCAGAGUUAAAGCACUCGCCUAUUUCACAACUUUCAUUUACCCUGAUGUUAGAUUUGUAGCUAAAGCACUUCCAGAUUGCACAGUAAGACCCUGUGGCCGAUCACUGACAAAGCACAAUCGUACACCGCUUCAGGAUCGGAUCGGCGGGGGCAAAAACCAGACCUCGUUUUUCAUCAUUCUUUUUUUUUUUUACGUCGUUGCUUAGACACGUCGAGUCCGAGAUUCUCCCCUCACGUGUCGAGUGCCUUCUCACCUCGUGAGAUAGUCGUUUACGAGGAAGUUUCCGUAUCACUACAAAACACUAAGACGACCGUUCCAGGUUUUUACAACCGUUUAUAGAAUAAAAGAUGCCGCGUCGUUAAUCCAGAUCAAAUUGCAUUAAAAAAAAUAAUAAAAGUCUGAACACUAAACUCUCGAGAACUCGAGCUCGGUACUCAUCCCUGCUCUUCUUUUUUUUUUUUUUUUCCCCCACAAUCGCUUUUUUUUUUUAAACGGAAAAAUAAAACCCGUCCGUCCUCAAACGCACGAACGCCAAGUUCUUCUCUUCAGUCUUUAACGUAUCGGACUCGUCAGAAAGCUUUCAGCAGCCCCACACGUUUUUACAUCCUUCAGGGCUUUCACACGUCUGAUUAAAUCCUCCAGGUUUCGCAGAUUUACUGAAUUAUGUAUGGUUUGAUUUGACACGGAUGGAUCUCCUUUCUCUUGGUGCUCGAGGCUGAUUUAUUUAUUUUUAUUUCUUUUUCCCUUCGUUUUGUUUUUUUUCGUUCGUUCGUUCACCGGUGCGUGUGGCGUGUUUUGUACUGACUGGUCAGUGGAAGAUAUUUAGUUUUGUCUCUUAUGCGAAGUUAUUCAUACACUGAUGAGAACACUGAGUUACGUGACUUGAAUGGACCCGUGUUGAAGUUUUUGUGGUUUUGUUGUUGUUUUUAGAUUUGUUUUGUUUUUAACGUGUCGUCCUGCUCUUUUUCUUCUUUUACGUGUCUGUUACAUGAUCCGAUGAAGAAUUCAGACCCACGAUUUCAUCUGCUGUUCAGUAAUUGUUCGGGGAAGUGAGAGAGAGAGAGAGAGAGAGAAUCCUUUACAGCAGCUGUUUUUAAAGAAACCAAAUACUGUACUAAAACGGGUUAUUGUGUGCAUGCGAGUGCAUCUAUCAGGUCAACAAAGUUAUUUUUUUUUUUUUUUCUGUUUUACAUCGUUCCUUAAUCACGUAUCGCCUCCUCCCCGUUCCAUCUGUUUUAUUCCCCCCUUAACUUGAGCUCAGGCGAAAACAAAGACAUACAGUUGAAUUCGUUUGUUCGUUUCGUUCCACUUCAAAUCAACCGAUUUUAACACAAUCGCUUUAAGACCUCAAAAGAUUCAACGGUGAAGCUCCGUAUCGAAGAACCCCGAUCCUUUCGCUCACGACCCGACUGCUGUUAGUCUCCGUUCGUUUAGUUUCUUUCUUCCGUUUCGUUCUUUACGUAAAGCGCCGAUCCGUUCCCGAGGAGGUUCUGAAUAAUCCAGGGAAGAUCUUGGAAAGCCUGGUUCUCAGUGCGUGGAUCUCACCGCUCGAGAAAGAAAAAAAAAACAAGUCUCUGACUCUGAGGACGGAGAAACCGAGACACGAGUGACUUCAUUACGGAGUCAUUUUUGCUAAAAGGCUUUUAUUUUGUUUUAGGUGCUCGAAGACAGGCGUGUAAUCACAAAGCGUGAUAGAUAUCUACUCACACACAGGGAUGCAUCGAUACUGUUUUUCAGACUGUUAGCACUGAUACUUAGUGUUAAGCAGUCGAAGUCACGUGACAUUUUAUUGAACCCACUUUGUAAUGACGGAGAUCGUCAUGCUGCGUUCACACGAACGGGCAGAAAGCGACCGGCAUUCAUUCGUUUUCAGUGAGAGCUGAUUUCAGUGACUGGUCGUAAGUGUGUUGAUCAGAGCGACUAAAUUGAGAAACUUUAUGCAAACAUGGAGCGACUCGGUGACGGUUGAUUUUAUCAGCAACACGCCGAUAAACGUUAUUACCAUGGCGACGCAUGCCGGCCACGUCACAGUACCGCGACUGGAGACUCGGGCGAGUGAAGGCAGCAUCAGUGUCGGUAACAUGUGAAAGAAGGCUCAGUGCUCGGGGUUCAGUGCUCGGGGUUCGGUGCUCGGGGUUCGGUGCUCGCUGAAUUGAACUGUUCUGUGCACACAGGCGUUUUUAACCAUCAGCGAUCCUGCUCAGCCGCUCACGCUCUGUAUCAAAGAGGUUUUAUCAGAUUAUCGCCAUCGUACGUAGACUGCGUGACAGCUACUGUACAUGUGAUGAUCCUGCAAGUUUGUGUUGAUCGUUUUCAUUAAAAAAAAAAUCCAUUCGCAAGUUCUCUCGAGACAAAAUCUUCAGCUUUGAGUACGAUUAAUUAGCCACAGUUACAGUACAGAGGAUAUCAGUCUCCGUACCGAUGCAUCCCUGUUUUGAACAGGUAGAAUACGUGCAAAUUUCCUUCAAAAUUCAGGAACCUAAAUGCGAACGCCGUCCAUAAAUGGAGAAGAACGGACAUCACUCGCACUCUGUCGUUACACGCCGACCCGACCGUGACUUUAUUUCAGAGCAUCAGGUCCGCCUCCCGUCGUCUUCAUCGCGUUGGCCUCAACAGAGAAUUGUGACUUUCUUACGAGCGGAUUUUGUGAAUUGCAGAUUGAACUGUUAUUUUUGUACCGAAGUAAAUCAGAUAUUCUAUUACACCACCAUGCAAAACGUUGUACAGGUUUUACCGAGACAUAUCGUACCGUGUGUCCAGCCGUUACUCCUCGGUGUCGUAUCGCGUGUGUUUCGAUGGUAGCGGACGUGCACAGGACGACACCGGCCUCUUUAUCAGGACCGACGAGCCUCUGUCGUCCUGUAGCGGAUAUGAAGUGGAUUCUUCUGAACUGAGCGGAAUCACUGGGACGCCGACACGGCGUCAGUCGUGUAGCCGGUCAGAGUUUUUAUGUUUAUGGAUUUUGUAAGUUUGUUUCCUAUGACGUUUAUUUUAAAGCAUUAUAAAGCGCGACGGCGUAGAAGCGAACGGCUCUCGCUUUUUUUUUUGUUCGUUUUUAUUUUAACGAAAGCUUUAGAACUGACGUGUCGAUUUAAGUGUCAUGAAUCUGUCCAUCGUCCCAAAUCUCGAACGUCUAGAGGGCGAGCAAGUUCUUGGUGAAUAAAUAAAUAAAUAAAUAAAUAAGAAGAAGAAGAAAGAGAAAAAAUCCCAAUCCGUUCGCUACAGUCGGCUCGGACCGUGGGGUCGAUGGGAAUCGUAGUCUUUGCUGCUAACAGGAGUCAUGACGUUUUUUUUUCUUUCCACGUCGAUUUGACGAUUCGUUUAAAUCAUCUGUCGUAAUCUUAAUCCGGGUUACAAAAGCAUUUUGUAAGAAGUUGUUUCAGAGAUUACACUUAGUCAUUUGUAUUUAAAAAAAAAAAAAAUCAAUAAAAAAACUCUACUUAUCGGCCGUUUUGUGGCUCUUCACACUCUUUGAUCACUUUACUACUUCAAGCCACCCUGCCAGAUUUCUAGUCUUUUUUUUCUAAAGGACGCUUUUCCAGCUUGAAGCUUUGGAAAGCUGGGACACUACUUUAAUAUCCGGGGUGGGAUUAUAUCAGGACUGACACAUAAACAAACAAAAAAAAAAAAAGAGGGGGGGGGCGGGGAUUUGGGGCCACACCCACACCCUGCCUUAAAAGUGCCAGAGGCCUCAAAGCUCCCUCGUGUACAUGGUGUAUUACAUACAGGAGGGAAAAAAGUUGUAUUUUGUCCACUAGCGUUUGAUAAGCACUCACUACGAACGGGUUUAAGAUGUAAACACACAGUCCAAAUAAUAAACGACAAAAAUAACGAUUAAAAAAAAUACAAAAAAAAACAACGAAGAACACGAAUACUUUCUAUGUAUAGUAUGUGUAAGAAGAUGUACAAACUUUAUCAGAUGAUAUUUCGAGAGGACUUUCGAGAGAAACGCUCCGAAGGCCAGACGACUUUGUGUGUGUGUGUGUGUGUGUGUGUGUGUGUGUGUGUGUGGGACGAAUACGGAUCAUGCCAAAUACUAAGAUUAUGUCAGACGUUCCCUGAGACUCUGUUGAGGUGUGUGUGUCUUGACGUGGUUUUGUAUGGAGUGUGUGUAUAUACUUUUGUGUUUAUUGGAAUUUUGCUUUCUCUCUCUCUCUCUCUCUCUCUCUCUCUCUCUCUCUCUCUCUCUCUCUCUCUCUCUCUCUCUCUCUCUCUCGUUCUCUGGUUAGUGCUUAUCUUGACUAAACACCAGUCAUUCUGAGGUUUGUAUUUAGGAGAGUGUGACCGCAGAUGAGAUUUGUCUGGCUCCAGUUUGGGUAUACACACACACACACACACACACACGCCCCAGACUCAUAAGUCAGUACUAAGUUUUAGGGUGUGUGUGUGUGUGUGUGUGUGUGUGUGUGUGUGUGUGUGUGUGUGUGUGUGUGUGUGUGUGUGUGUGUGUGUGUGUGUGUGUGUGUGUGUGUUCAACAUGCUCACUGACUUUCAGUUUCUCUGUUUUUUUUUUGGUUUUUUUUUUGGUUUGUUUUUUAUACAAGUGAUUGAUGUUUGAGUGUUUUUUCCUUCCUCACACUUUUCCACUAGACAUGGUGCCAUACACCCGAAUAGCGCGAUUCUGCAAAGCAAUCCCAUCAUGCCUCUGAACGUAGACCCACUGAAUCACCAUCCUUGAAGUCAUUGUGAGAUUUAAAAAGACUAAGCGAUCUUCCCGAACUCCACCUUGUGUGUGUGUUUCAGUGUGACCUCGUCACUUCAGUCUGCAUGAGCGUUUUAUACUUGUACUGCCUUUCUCCUCUCUCUCCCUCUCUCUCCCUCUCCCUCUCUCUCUCUAUCUCUCUAUCUAUCUGCUCACCUCCCAGCCUCACGGUAGGUCCGGGGUUUAAUUUCACGUUUGUUUUCCUCUGAUCUUUGUGUUAGUUUUUUUUUUUCUUUCUUUCUUUCCUGUUUUUUUUUUUUUGUUGUUUUUUUUUUUAGUGUCAUGUAGUCUGUUCUCAGCACUGUAAGACAGUCCCUUAUACAAUAUGGAGAAGCAAUAUCACUGUAAGAAAUCUUCACAAUGUAUUAUUAUUAUUAUUGUUACUAUGAUUAUGAUUAUUCACUAGCACCCUAGGUGUGAUAAUUGAAGUAAAUAUCUUUUAUACAAACACA